AUGGCGGACAGUGCGGUUGUUGUUGAAGUGACAGCUUCAGAAGGGUCGAAAUCGCGAAAGAAACAAAAGGAAUAUACUGGAAUUUGGGAGAUUUUGGAGGUUCAGAAUAUCAUUCAUGAGGUAAGUUGGUUUCAAUGAGGGCCGGGCGCUGGGUGGGGGGAGAGGGGAAACCCCCCCCUCCCAAAAAAAAAUUUUCGAAAAAAGUUGAACGUGGUCCCCCCCCUGUGGAUUUUCGGAAAAAAAUUUUUUCAAAGAAUCGGCACAGGUAACCGAUUUUGUCGACCUCCGCCCCCAGACGAAAAGUUCUCGCCCGGUACUGAUUUUAAUAUUUAAAAAAAUCUUUUUUUUUAUUUUUUUUUCAUUUUGAAAUCGUCACAUAAUCCAAAAACAAUGUAAAUUAAAUUUUAGUUGACGAUUAUCUUCUUGUUGCUAUUGGUCUUGUGCCAGACUAUAUUCUCGUCAGUAUUCUACUGCCUGUCUGCUACCACCUUCGUUCUACCGUUGCUUACCCUACUCGGUGUUCUUUUUUACGCUUUUACUGUAGGCAAGGCAGCCUUGAUUUAUAAUUUGUUGGUGGUUUUUUUGCUCAACGUUUGUACCACAUUUGAAGCAAUUAGCAUAGCAUCUAGAAAAGACUACUGCUCAACGUAAGUCAUAUUUUGGCGUACUGUAGGUUAAUAAAUAAAUGUUUUUAAAGCAAAGGUAGGGUAGGGUAGGGUAGGGUAGGGUAGGGUAGGGUAAGGUAGGGUAGGGUAGGGUAGGGUAGGGUAGGGUAGGGUAGGGUAGGGUAAAAAUAAAUUUGUGUUUUUCAGACUCUCGGAAUGUGUUACAAUGGCCGGUGGAAAUAUCUCUUUAUUAAUCAGUUUACUCGCCUUAAUAACCACCGUUACACUUGUAGUCAACAUUCUCAGCAAUAACAAGCGUGGCGUUCCGCUUUCAACACUUCUAGUCAUCUUUCUUGUAUGCACAGGAGUGUUCCUGUUCGCCGUGGUCAUGCUUUCAAUAAACGUGGAUACUCGUAAGCUUCCCUUGUGUGACGCUCAACUGCUGACAUUGUUUGGAAAAACGGUUACUGAUAUGGUGUACAAGCAUAUGGGAAAUCAACAAUAA